AUGGCCGAACAACCUUCCAGCCCAGCAUCCACACCCAAACCAACAAUGCACUAUAUCCAAGCCACCGAUCUCCAAAAAUUUGUCACUCAGAUCCUCAUCGCCAACCAAACAUCCCCCGACCAUGCCGCCAUCGUAGCCAAAUGUCUCGUCGCCGCUGAUCUCCGCGGCGUAGACACCCACGGCUCCAACCGCAUCCCCUCCUACAUGGAACGGAUUCGACAACAAGCCCUCGACCCAACCGCCUCACCCACCCUGCGCCAAAUCACCCCCGUCGUCGCACAAGUCGACGCCCACAAUGGAUUCGGCUUUGUCGCAGCACACACGGGCAUGGCGCGAGCCAUUGAAAUGGCCCAGACCUUUGGCAUCGGCAUGGUCUCCGUCAAGCACUCGAAUCACUUCGGCAUGUCGGCAUGGCUGGUCCAGCAGGCGCUCGAAGCGAAGAUGAUGAGUCUGGUCUUUACCAAUUCUUCACCUGCACUACCGGUCUGGGGUGGCAAGGAGAAAUUGAUGGGCGUCUCGCCGAUUGCAUGCGGUGCACCUGGUGGAGACGUUGCGAAACCGUUGAUUCUCGACAUGGCGCCUUCGAUCGCGGCACGGGGCAAGAUUUACAAGGCGCUGCGACGCGGGGAGCGAAUCCCGUCGGACUGGGCCCUUGAUGGAGAUGGGAAUCCGACGGAGGAUCCGGCGCGGGCUCUCGAGGGAGUCAUGUUGCCCAUGGGAGGGCCCAAGGGGUCCGCGUUAUCGAUCAUGAUGGAUGUUUUCUCGGGAGUGUUCUCGGGAGCGGCGUUUGCAGGACAUGUUGCGAAUCCGUACGAUCCGUCCAGACCGGCGGAUGUUGGACAUUUCCUGGUGGCUAUCAAGCCGGACUUGUUCAUGAGUAUGCAGGAGUUCGAGGAGCGCAUGGCGUAUCUGUAUAAGAGAGUGGUGGAGUCGGAGAAGAUGACGGGCGUGGAUCGGAUUUAUUUCCCUGGGGAGAUUGAGAUUCUGACCGACGAGAAGCGACGGGUAGAAGGUAUCCCGUUUGCAGCAGCCGAAGUGGCCGGGCUGAACAAAGAGGCUGAAAGAGUCGGCGUUGCACCGUUGAAGGUCAGCCGAGUCCAGUGA